AACACUUCAGGCUGCUCGCUAAUUCUGGACAUGUUUUUCUAAUUAUCCGCACAAUAGACGAUUUAAAACGAUCAAAACAUACAGACAUGACUUUGUUCUUUGACGGCUGAAGGUUUGGGAAGAAGAGGGGAGGCUGAAGAGGACCGUGUGGACGGAUGAGUGCGGUGAUGCCCGCCUGUACAGUAACUGUGAGACUGUAACGGCGCCUGUAAUGUAUAUCCGGUUUGGUAGGAAUAAGCAGGAAUAGCGGUGCGCCUCCUGCUCUCCAUGUCACAUUCCUGCGAAGUGUUUCCAAAAAGGAACAGCUGGAGGACCGCGAGAGGGAAACACAGCUCUAGGCCACAAGGGUUACCUUGGACAUAAUGCUCACAGAAGAUGGAUGCUCCUGAGUAUUUGGACCUAGAUGAGAUUGAUUUCAGUGAUGAUUUAGCUUACUCAUCAAAAAGCAUUCCAGAACUCUGUCGGAGAAAUGAUGCACAAGCUGAGGAGAGACAAGCUCCAGGCAUCAACUGGGGACGAAGUGCCUCAUUACACAGUGGAAGUGGAAUCAAACCCACUGGAAUUGCUGAUGUGUACAGCAAAUUCAGGCCUGUUAAAAGGGUUUCACCACUUAAACAUCAACCAGAGGUUUUGGACACUGAGACCGACAGUAAGAGUCCAGGGCACAAUGUAGAAGGAAACAAGGAAGAAUCGUCCUCUAAAGGGCUCCAAACAAGUGUGAUCCCAUGUGAUGUUCAGGGGCUCAAGUGUAAAGGUAUUGGUAAUGGAGCACUGUUUGGGGAGCUGGAGCACUAUGACUUGGACAUGGAUGAGAUACUGGAUGUGCCUUAUAUUAAAUCCAACCAGCAAAUGGCAACCCUCCCCAGAGUGGCCUCUGAGAAGCGGACCUCAGGGAGCAGCACCAGUGAUAGGUGUCUCGGCCUCAAGGCAUCAUCUCUCACCCAUACUGAAAGCCUGGGCGGAGGGACGCAGUACUGCGUACUCUCACCUGUUAACUGGCCGGACAUGAGAAAGUCGAAGUCCAUGGAUCCAGACUAUCUCAGGGCGCAAACAGCUGGAUACGACCACUCCCCAAGCUCACUGCACUGCUCGAUAUCUGAAGCAGACAAACUCUUAUCAGGAAGACCUUUUCCAGACACACCAACCCAUAAAGCUGGGACUGACACCCCUGGCAGCCAGCCUUUGUUCCCUAUUCAGGGAAGCACACCGGGAAGACUAGAUAGUAGCAAGUCUUGGAGCGGUCCAAGAGCAUUUGGAGAAUGUGAUGAAGAAACCAAGAAGUCUCAGAAUAUAAUCAACAUCGUCCGGGAAGGACAGAUCUCGCUGUUGCCUCAUUUUGCGACCGAGAAUCUGGAGCUGAUUCGAGAUGAGGAUGGGAACAAUCUCCUUCAUGUCUCUGCUGCACAAGGCCAUGCAGACUGCCUGCAGCACCUCACCUCCCUUAUGGGGGAGGACUGUCUCAAUGAACGGAACAACCAGCAACUAACACCCGCUGGUCUAGGUGUCAGGAACGGACACCUAGAGUGUGUGCGCUGGAUGGUGAGUGAGACGGAGGCCAUUGCAGAGCUCAGUUGCACUCGAGAUCACCCCAGUUUAAUCCACUAUGCAGCACGAUAUGGCCAAGAAAAGAUUUUGCUGUGGCUGCUUCAGUUUAUGCAAGAACAAGCCAUUUCUCUGGAUGAAGUGGACCAAAAUGGGAACAGUGCAGUGCAUGUUGCUGCUCAAUACGGUCAUCUAGGCUGCCUUCAGACACUGGUGGAGUAUGGCUCGAAUGUCACCAUUCAGAACCAGCAGGGGGAGAGACCAUCCCAGUGUGCCGAGCGACAAGGUCACACUACCUGCUCGCGUUACCUGGUGGUGGUGGAGACCUGCAUGUCUCUAGCCUCACAGGUGGUCAAGCUCACCAAACAGCUCCAUGAACAAACUACAGCAAGAAUAGCACUCCAAAAUCAAGUCCAGCUGCUUUUCCAGUCCCAAGAUCCUAAUGGAAGACCAAGAUCACCCAGUUCACUUAUUCCUCCGGCUGAGGCUUGGCCUGAAAUGACCUUGACUGCGGAGGGUACGCCUGGCGAUGGGCAGUGGGUGCUGAGGCAGAGGAAUGUGGACUCGGACGCAGUCCUGCGCAAGCUCCUGGGAAAGGACAUUGCUGAGAGGGUCGGCUCUAAAGAGAAGCUAAGUCUGGAGUUCCAGGAGGGGGCAGUAGAUGGCGCCAGCGGCACAGCGGAUGCAGGAACAGGGCCUGGCACAGGGCCGCUGAGAAGACUGGGUGUGGUGGAAAGGCGGGAGCUGAAACUGGCACGCCUAAAACAGAUCAUGCAGCGUUCCCUGAGCGAAUCGGACACGGACUCCUACCCUCCGGACGAGUCCAAGCAGGCAACGGGCACCUCCAGGCCAGAGAGGCCCACCCAGCUUCCCAUAGCUGAGAGCGAGGAACCUGUGUCUGGGCUGCACUUACUGAUGAAGAAGCAUACCUCAGCCUCUGAGCGUAAGUUCUCCUUUGCGCUCAGGACUUCCAAAUCCAUGGACGGAUACAACCACUCUCCGACAGACAACAGCGACGUCGAUCACGAAACAAAAAAUGACCUGUCAGGGGACUUGGCCGAAUUUAACAACGGGCAGAAAGUCACGACAAGUCCAAAGAGUGCUCUCAAAUCCCCUUCCUCUCGCAGGAAAACCUCACAGAACCUUAAACUCAGGGUGACUUUUGAUGAAGCGCCAGUCGUCCACAAGGACAGUCAAGCAGGAGAGGUGGUCAAAGGAGCAUCUGGUAAAGAAAAGUCUUCAGAAUCAGGGAAAAGACCCUUCGGAACAUUCCGCUCCAUCAUGGAAACAUUGAGUGGCAAUCAGAACAGCAACAACAAUAACACUCAAGCCACAUCUGCUGGCAAGCACCCUGUUUGUAGUUCAGCACAAGGUCAAUCUGGGAAAAAAACAGAUGCUAAGGCCAGUCCGGGGGGUCUGUCCAAAUGCAAAAACAAGACAAGCGCUGUUUAAGUGCCUUCCCUGAGAGAGCAGAGCAGGGCCCUAUCGUCACUUUUUAUUAAAGCAUUUAGUAUAAAAUUCUUUGAGUAUUUUCAAAGGAUUAUUGGUAACUGAGGUCCAAGCAUUCACUUGUAUGCGCUUGACAUAAAUGACUGACCAAAAUACACUCCUAAGCAUACAUUUGGAAAUCAGGCACUUGCUGAAUUUCAACUUUGCAAGUAGCUCAAAUCAUUUUAGCAUCCUGGUUUUCUUGGAACCGCUGUAUAUAAGAACAACAUAACAUUAUUACAAUCCCAUUCUCAGUAUUUCGUUGUGUAAGUGAAACUGUUACAGCACUCAUUUACCAACACUGUGAUUUUUAUACAACCAUGAUCUCGUUUUACCGUUCUAUGACUCAUUGAAAAGCAAGAUCGGUCUUACCUUUGCGCAUAGUUCUGUUUUAGAAACCUGAAUGCAAUACGAACCAUACGUAAUAGAUUUGUGGUUUUUCUAUUAAUCUGUGUUUUAGGAAAUGGCAUGAAUGUUUAUGACCACUGCGUUUCAUUCUGAACAAUACUACACAUCACAUUGCUGAUUUUAGAAAGAUAAGCAUGUUCCAUUUUUUCUUAAUCUACAAUUUGACAAUUUCACAAGAGAUGGCAAUAUUGGAUACAGAAACUGUAGACUUUACGUUAAUCAAGAAUGCUUCUUUAUUCUGAUCCGUAGAAUCAUGACUUCCAGUCUUUUCAUAAUUAAAUGUAUGUAUAAUCUGUAGUUUUUUUUUCUCAUUUUAAAACAAAUUUAUGAGUUAUAAGUUAAGUAUUAUGUUUGAAGGAAAGAAGUAUUAUUGCAACCAUUGUAACAUUUUAAGACAAAAAAUAAAUGCAUUUAACUGUUCAUGUCUGUGCAGUUUAAAAAAUAUGAUGCCAGUUUCAAAAAUAUACAGUAUUGUGCAAAAGCACCUGAGGAAAUGAUAUUUAAAUAUGUAUUUGAGUGAGUGUUUAUUGCCCCAGAAAACACUAAGAUUAGAAUACAUACAUAUAACAUUAAUGCAAAAAGUAGUGAUUUCAUAUAUGUCAAUGUUUUCAUUUAACCAUUUUAACCAUCUAUUCUUAAGGAGAUCCCAGUAUUAUUUGUAGUUAUCAUUUAAUAUUGGUUUGUUUGGAGAUCUGGAAAAUUUGGAAAUUUGGAACCAAACUUUCUUCUAACCAGCUCACAAGAUAUCAGCUACAGUUUUGAAAAGAGGAGAUUCUUCCUACUUUUUACUGCAUUGAUGUUUGUUUGCAUUUAUUCUAAUGUUACAUAGUGUUACAAGCAAAAACACAGUUAUUGUCUGGAUAAAUCGUUUCAAACAAUCUGUUUAACAAGAAUUUCUUAUUUUGAAAAAAAUUCCAUCACCAGCACAGUUGUUUUAAUACUAAUACUGGGCUUCCUCAAGGAGCAGUUUGGAAAUGGUUGGACAAACACAUUUUCUGAGCAAAGAAAUGCUUGCUGACCAGAUAAAUUACUUUUUAAUUAAAAUUUUUUAACACUUUUAUGAAGUACUGUAUGUGUGAUGAAUGGAUGUAAACAUACACUUCCUGCACAUCUAAUGCAAUAUAUGUCCAAAAUAAGGAUGUGGAUAUAUCAGGAGUAACAGGAUUUAAAAUGUUCUAUGAUUUAUAAACAAUAAUACGUAAUUUGUAGAAUAUGUUUAGAAAAUAACCAACCAAACAUUAGAUUAUAGUAAAAAAAAAAUCCCGAAGGUUCCCAAGACUUUAGCAGAGUACUGUAUGUACUUCUUAUUUUAUAACUAGGCAUUAUUUCCUUUUUUAAUCCAUACGAUGUACUAUAAAUUGAGUCUGUGCAGAGCAUGACUGCAUUACUCCCUGUAAAACAAAUGUAACUUUCACAAAGAGUAAAAGUAAAUGAGACCCUUUGAUACUCUUAAUCUAUGGUUUGAUAUGGAAAAAAACAAAAUGUACCAGCAGUGCCACAUUGUACAGUGUACAGUGAUUUUCUUUAUUCAACGUUGAAUCCACUGCUGCACACAGUCCAAUUAAACAGAACUAAUUAGGCUCCUUUUUUAAUGAAACGUAGCUGGUUUACGUUCUUUAAGUACCGAUGAUGUCCACAAUACAUCCUGAUAAAUGUAUUGUGAGGCAAUGAUUGAAUAUCGUCAUGUUGUCCACCUAGGAGAAGCAUUUCUCUAACAAAUAUUUUUUAAAGGAUCAUGUGGUACAAGCAUGUCAGACCUGCCUGGUUUCCAUUCGUAAACAGCCCUCCAUAAAGCACCAGUUUUAUGUUCUCCUCCAGCGAGGAGAGCGUUUCAUUUUUUACAGAAAGUGAUACCUGGGGAGGCUGGGUUUUUGUAAGUGAAGUUAAGCUGAUGAAUUAGCCCUCGUUUAUUGGACAACAGUUUGAGGCAAUGUCCAGGGGAGUCGUUGCGCACCUUUUGAAGAAGCGGGCAGUUUAAUUGGUGACGGGACGGGGGGGCUUGUGAGGGGAACCGUUUAAGCACGGGGCCGACGGCCUGUUGUGCAGCAUGAAAAUGGAAGAGACAAGCGCUUGAUUUGACAGGAGGAGUCAUAUAUAGAUUUUUGUGUCCAUUGUUUUGGCUUAUUUGUGUGUGCUUUACUCAGUCAAUCAAAUAUAAUUGACACCGCUGGGCUCUGUUGUUUCUGGGAUGACAGCAGUUAAUGCCAGUGGAGGGAAAAAAAAGAAAAAAGA